CACCACACUGCCUCCCUCGACUCAGCCUUGCCAAUGAAAUUGGAAAGACAAUCCAAAGACUAGGCAACUAGAUACGAGCGAGUAUAAUACUUUGGACUACUUCCCAUGCGUUAGACCUGACCCUUCUUCAGACCAUGGCGCCAGCGCCUUCAACCCAAGAUCACUAUGCCAUCCUUGAGGUCCCCCCAAGCGCGGAUUACGAGCAGAUCAAGACAGCGUAUCGCCGUCUAGCGCGCUUACACCAUCCGGAUAAGAACGGCGGCUCGCGGGACGCAACCGUGAAGAUCCAGCGCAUCAACGCGGCGUGGGAUGUUCUUGGAGACAGCUGUUUGAGAAGGGAGUAUGAUCGUGUGCGGCCUACGCAGGGGUUCUCAACGUCGUCGUCGUCGACAAGACCGCCGAAUAGCAGUCGUCCCGAUACGGCGAGACCACCACCGCCACCUAGACCGCAAACACGUCCCACGCCGCAACCAGGUCCCACGCCGCAGGAAGACGCAAGAGCGCGAGCGGAAAGCCACAGGAAACGCCAGGAAUGGCUCGACUUCGAGAGGGUGCAGGAAGAAUACAUCCGCCAGAGUCGGAAUCGCGUCAAACCCCUAGAGGCCGAGAUCGCCGCGCUCAACGCCAAAGUCGCAGAGAUCAAGGCGAAACUCGCAAACGAUGUACCGUAUCGGUGGAAUGUGUUUGCAUCCUUAUCCACCAGGCUGUCCGAGACGGAGAAGGAUAGCCUGCGUCGCCAGAUUCUGGAUGCGGAGACGGCGAUGAGAAUCAAGCAGUGGCCGCUUGAUCGCGAACAACUGCAUCUGAAGAGUCUGCAGGAAGCGCUGUCGAAACGACUGGCUCAGGAGAAUGUUAGACUCGCCGCCGAGAGGACAGAGCAGGAACGGAAAGAGCGACUUGCCAGAGAGAAGGCUCAAGCUGAAGCGCAGCGGCGUCGCGCAGAGGAAGCUGCCAGACAGCAAGCCGCGUACGAAGCACGAGAGAAAGUCGCACGAGAAGAACGCGCACGUGCGGAAGCCGUGCGAGCAAGGCAAAUGGCCGAAGAGCACGCAGCGCGCAAAGCCGAGAUGCAGAAGCAGCAAGCCGAGAUGAAGAAACGAGCCCAAGCCGCCCAAGCUGAGGCUCUGCGGCAGCAAAAGCUCGUCGCAGAACAGGUGGCCAAAGCGAAAAGAGAGGCCGAUAAACAGCGAGUGCGAGUGAAGAGUUGCAGACAUAAGAACUGGUGGGACAGAGUUCCUGGGCCGAUUACUUGCCCGCAUUGUACGCGGCCUCGCCUGGGGUUCGCGUAUAAGUGUCCUGACUGCGAGACGACGGCUUGCGCUUCUUGUAGGGGCACGCUGAAAGCUGGUCGGACGCCAGCGGUCGAUACCAACCAUACGACAUAUGGAGCGAAUUAUGGGUUUGCAGGGACGGCGCGACGUGGUGGCAAAGCCAGACGCGAUCGUGACACGUAUGGAGGUGGGUAUGAGAGGUCUUACUGUGAAGAGUCGCCUUCUUCCUAUUCCUAUGAUAAUUAUUUGUAGUAGACAUACCUUUUUAGGAUAGGGUGGGUGGUUUGGACGAGCU